AUGGGCGGGAUGAGCCCCUGGAACUUGUUCCUCCAGACUUUCUUCCUGCUGCCCGCGGCCAGAGCCCAGCCCAGGGGCCCCGCGCCCGCGGGGGACUCCUCGCAGGCAGCGGCGGCGGCGGCUCCCUCUCCGGCUCUGGAUGCUUGCAAAGCCGGCACCCAACAGAGUGAGUUGAACUCUUUCUUGUGGACCAUCAAGAGAGACCCGCCUUCUUACUUCUUCGGCACCAUCCACGUGCCCUACACCCGGGUUUGGGACUUCAUCCCCGAAAACUCCAAGGCGGCCUUCCAGCAGAGCAGCAUCGUGUACUUUGAGCUGGACCUCACGGACCCCUACACCAUCUCUGCCCUGACCAGCUGCCAGAUGCUGCCGCAGGGCGAGAACCUCCAGGACGUGCUGCCCCAGGACAUCUACUGUCGGCUCAAGCGCCAUCUGGACUACGUGAAGCUCAUGAUGCCCUCGUGGAUGACCCCGGACCAGCGAGGGAAGGGCCUUUACGCCGAUUACCUGUUCAAUGCCAUCGCGGGGAACUGGGAGAGGAAGAGACCCGUGUGGGUGAUGCUGAUGGUGAAUUCUCUGACCGAGGUGGACAUCAAGUCCCGGGGGGUGCCCGUGUUGGAUCUGUACCUUGCCCAGGAGGCUGAGCGCCUGAAGAAGCAGACCGGGGCUGUAGAAAAAGUCGAAGAACAGUGCCAUCCUCUGAACGGGCUGAACUUCUCUCAGGUGAUCUUUGCCCUGAAUCAGACCCUCCUGCAGCAAGAGAGCCUCCGGGCGGGAAGCCUCCAGACGCCUUACACCACAGAGGACCUGAUCAAGCAUUAUAACUGUGGAGACCUCAACUCCAUCAUCUUCAGCCAUGAUAACUCCCAGGUUCCAAAUUUUAUUAAUGCCACACUACCACCUCAGGAGCGGAUAACGGCUCAGGAGAUUGACAGCUAUUUCCGCCAGGAGCUCAUCUACAAACGGAAUGAGCGGAUGGGGAAGCGAGUGAAGGCUCUCUUAGAGGAGUAUCCUGAUAAGGGCUUCUUCUUUGCCUUCGGUGCUGGUCAUUUCAUGGGCAACGACACAGUGCUUGAUGUUUUGAGGAGAGAAGGGUAUGAGGUAGAGCACACCCCUGCCGGACAACCUAUCAAGAAGGGGCAUAGUAUACAGGAAGGAUCUCGGGGCUCUGUCAGUACAAUUUUUGGCCCUGAACAGAAAUGUGAGAAGCCCAGGAGAACCCCUUCCACUUUGUCCCCCCCACCCCCUGCCCAUGUACCCAAUGGGAUCUCGCAGGCGUCUGGCCCCCUGGGGCCACCAGGGGAUGAGGAAGAGGAGGAGGAAGAGGAAGAAGAGGAGCUGCUAUUGCCACACUUACUUCUGCCUGGGAAUGCUGACUUGUUAGAGAAGAUGGACAGGAAGUACAGGAAAAAGAAAAAGAAACAGAUGAAAAAGCAGAGGCUUCGGCAAUUCAGCGAUCUGUGGGUGCGCCUGGAGGAGAGUGCUCCAGCCCCACUUCCUCGGAUCCGAAUUGUUAAUGGGUAUAUCACGGUGGAGCCUCUGCUACCAGGCCACAGGAGAUCUCCCCACAUUCAGACAGUGUCGAACAGUGCCUGCUUGUCACUUUGGACACUUUUAUUUUGGUUGCUGACUUUGGCCCUUCAAACCGAGAUCACGCUUCUCUAA